AUGCCUAUGCCGGCCAACCCGGAGAUCCAAGCGACCGGUGAAGCUCUUGCUGCGACACUCCAGUCGCUAUCGGGCCCACGCCCCGGCUUUCGUCCCGUUGUCGAUACGGAAGGUCAUGCAAAGGGGAUUCUUCUACAGGGCACCUUUGAGCCAACCCCUCAAGCAAAAGCGCUCUCUAAAGCCCACCACUUCAAUGAAUCGUCGACGCCGGUUAUAGCCCGUUUUUCAUCAUCAACUGGUAACCCUGACAUCCCGGACUCAGAUCCGCGGGGCAACCCCCGCGGAUUUGCACUUCGCUUUCAGUUAGCUGAGACGCCACGGCGUGUACACACCGACAUUAUAGCCCACAGCAUUGAUGGCACACCUGGGAGCGACGGCAAAGAGGUGUUGCGCUUUUUCACUGGGCUGAAGAACGAAACCGUUGGUGAAUACCUCACUGGCCACCCCAAGGCAGCAGAGUUUAUGAACAUACCGCGACCAUUUCCUGCUAGUUUUGCUCACCAGCGACAUUACGCCGUUAAUACCCUCAAGCUCGUUGCAUCGUCCGGGGCGGAAACCUUCAUUCGGUAUCGUUUCGAGCCUGUUGCUGGUGUGAGAAACAUAAGUGCCGAGGAGGCCGCCGCUAACGGACCAAACUACCUUUUCGGUGAGAUUCCCAAGACACUGGCCGAGGGCCCAAUUCAGUUCCGCCUUAUGGCACAGGUAGCUGAGGAGGGAGAUGUAACCGACGACUGCUUGGUGAAGUGGCCUGAGACCAGGACCAUGGUAGAAUUAGGGAUGGUCAGCCUCCGCGCUGUCAUGCAGCAUAAUGAAGCCGUACAGAAGUACAUCAUUUUCGACCCAGUGCCCAGGGUCGACGGCGUUGAGGCUUCUGAUGAUCGACUCUUGCAGUAUAGAGCUGCUGCAUAUCUGGCCAGUGGACUAGAGCAUAGAAAGGGCUGA